AUGUACAAGCUUGCACGAUCCCGGCCGCUCGCGAGCGCUCUCCGCGCUGUCGCUGAGACCCCACUGAAGCGAUCAGUGAUCCAGCAGAGCAGAACUCUUGCUAUCCAUGAGUACAGGUCCGCGAACCUCCUCAAGACGUAUGGCAUUGGUGUCCCCGCUGGUGAUGUCGCCACCAACGCAGCGGAAGCAGAGAAAGUAGCCAAGUCGAUCAGCGGUGACGACAUGGUUAUCAAGGCACAAGUCCUUGCCGGAGGUCGUGGAAAGGGAACUUUCGACAACGGCUUCAAGGGCGGUGUCAGAGUUGUCUACUCUCCCCGGGAAGCCUCGAUUCUCGCAGACCAAAUGAUCGGUCACAAGCUCAUCACCAAGCAAACUGGAGCCGCUGGACGUCUCUGCAACGCUGUCUACAUUGUCGAGCGCAAGUUUGCUCGUCGCGAGUUCUACCUUGCUGUUCUUAUGGACCGUGCCUCACAAGGACCCGUCAUUGUCGCCUCGUCGCAAGGUGGCAUGGACAUCGAGGCCGUAGCCAAGGAGCACCCCGAGGCCAUCAUCACCACACCAAUUGACAUCCACACCGGUGUUACCGACGAAAUCGCACGCAACAUCGCCACCGAGCUUGGAUUCUCCGAGCAAUGCAUCGAGGACGCCAAGGACACCAUCCAGAAGCUCUACAAGGUCUUCAUGGAGCGUGAUGCCACCCAGAUUGAGAUCAACCCUCUCUCCGAGACCACCGACCACCAGGUUCUCGCCAUGGAUGCUAAGCUCAACUUCGAUGACAACGCCGAUUUCCGCCAGAAGGAGGUUUUCGACUGGAGGGAUGUUUCCCAGGAGGAUGCUGAUGAGGUCAAGGCCGGCGAGUGGGGCUUGAACUUCAUCAAGCUUGACGGUGACAUUGGCUGCCUUGUCAAUGGUGCUGGUUUGGCUAUGGCUACUAUGGAUAUCAUCAAGCUCAACGGUGGUAACCCAGCCAACUUCUUGGAUGUUGGUGGAGGUGCCACCCCCGAGGCCAUCAAGCAGGCUUUCGAGCUCAUCACUAGCGACCCCAAGGUCACUGCUAUCUUCGUCAACAUCUUCGGAGGUAUCGUUAGGUGUGACGCCAUCGCUAAGGGAUUGAUUUCCGUCGUUGAGAGCAUGAACUUGAGAAUCCCCAUCAUUGCUAGGUUGCAGGGUACCAACAUGGAGCAGGCACACCAACUGCUCAACGAGUCCGGCCUCAAGAUCUUCUCCAUCGACGACCUCCAGUCCGCGGCCGAGAAGUCGGUGCAGUUCUCCAAGGUUGUCAAGAUGGCCCGUGACAUUGACGUUGGCGUCGAGUUCACUCUCGGUAUCUAA